UGUAUAGGAAGCUAUUUUCUAUCAGUACUAGUCUUCCUAGGAACGUCAGAUCCAGUAAAAGUGACUUUAAAGCGUGUUUUGAUAUGACCAUGGAUUAACACUACUGGUGGUGACCACCACUCACAGCGACAUUCCACGCAUUACUUAUACAUUGUAUAUCGAACUGUGCACGUACAUACUUAUAGAUCUGUGUACUUGUAACACAUUGUACUACCAACAUGGGACCACCAGUUAAUAGGAAAUCUUCUGUAACUAGCAGUGUUGCGGACAGACUGGACGAACUUUCGGCGAAAUUGGAGAAUUCCGUCACCAAAGAAUAUAUGGACUCCAUAGUUUUUAAAUUGAAAGAGGACAUUCAGACGGAAAUUCAGAGACAGAAUGAAGAACUUGUCAACUCCUUCAAGCUGCGGAUCAACACAUUGGAGAGUGAAAAUGAGGAACUGAAAGAUAAGGUCAGUUUGUUAGAGCAGAGACAGUGUGACUCGGAUUACACCAUCAAUGACCUCGAGUGCAAAUUCAAUGACCUUGAGCAACAAGGCAGGAAAAAUUCAGUAAGAAUCUCCGGACUUCACGACCCUUCAGUCAAGGAAUCAGUCGAGGACUGUGUGAAAAAGGUAGUGGAAUUUUCCAAUACCAAGCUGGGAGUAUCCUUGAGACCAGAGGACAUUGACAUAGCACAUAGGCUUGGGAAAUUCGACAAUUCAAGGAAAAGAACUGUUAUAGUGAAACUUACACACAGGACGAAGAAGCAAGAACUAGUCAGAGCCAGGAGGAUUUUAAAAGGGACAGGCUUAAUAGUUUCUGAGGACCUGACUAGAUUUAACCAGCAGAGACUCAGUGAAGCAUUUAGACUAGACUGUGUGCAAAAUUCGUAUAGUAUCGAUGGAAAACUAUUUGUAGUCUUGAAGAAUGGGAAAAGAAGAAGACUUUUCUAUAGUACCAAGCUCACGAAGUCAUACUUAGAAAACGAUGCCAACUUUAACUACAGCGGUCGUUCGUGACUUUGGGCAUGUAUAUAUGCCUGUUCGACCAGUUAGUUUAAAUGA